AUGACGGGUCGCGUUCCGGAUCGAACUCGCGUGUUCAACUUUAUCGAUCACUUUCGCGAGCCAGAGGUGGGUGCCAACUGGACCAGCUUCCCACAGCAUUUCAAGAACAACGGCUACCUAGUGCUUGGUGCUGGCAAGACGUACCACGUCGGAUUCCCACCGGCGUUUGACACACCACAAUCGUGGAGCGAAUCGAUGCCUUAUGUCAGCCCGGGACAGUGUGAUCCGGCUUCCAUGAUCUCGCCUUACGUGACCUGUCCCAAUGCCACCACUGGCUGCGAAGAUAAGGCUGCCAUUGUGCAACAAGGCACGGGCAAUUGGUGCGUCUACAAUGAAAGCAAGCUGACUCUGCCGCUUUGGGACCGCCUGAUCCUCAACGCCAGUCUUCAGCACCUUGACAUGGCUGCCAAUCAAGAUCAGCCUUUCUUCGUGGCCGCCGGAUUUCAUCGGCCCCAUCUGCCCUUUGCCAUGCCCCACACGUUCUGGAACAUGUAUCCAGACGCCAUCGAUCUCCCACCGCCAAGAUUUCCCAACACAACUGUGGGUGCCCCAGAGGUGGCUUGGCACACGGGGUUAGGCGAUAAUACAUAUGCCCUUCCCACCAGCGCAGAUCAGACGCGCCAUUUUCGCAAAGCCUACUAUCUCCACGCGCCCGAAGCCGGCUUCUUUCACGGCAGAUUCAUUCUUAUCAACUCUUGUGGCACUGUGACCAAUUAUGAGCGCGGGACGCGAGUGCCCAUGAUGAUCCGCGCGCCGUGGAAGCCGGCGUCAGUGGGGCAGAAGACGUCGGCCUUGACCAUGGCCGUUGACAUGUAUCGGACGGUGGCGUCGCUUGUCAAUGCUUCCGAACCCGAGCCAGGAGUACAAGGCCAGAGUCUGGCAAGCGUCUUUGACAGUCCCCCCUCUGCUGGCAGCGGCCCGAAUGCAUAUGCGUUUUCGCAGUUUGCCAAGCGCUUGGACAAGAAUGACCGCCCCUUUGACGUUUGCACCACAUGGGAUAAUCAAACUCAGCUUCCCGUUUGGGAGGACGUCGUUGGCGAAGAACUCUAUCCGCAUCUUGACGAUGACGGAACCGAUUUUGAUCGUUUUGAAACGGAGAACGAAAUCAAUCGGCCAGAUCUGCAACCCCUGCGCACCUCGCUUGCUCAGGCCCUUCAAAGCCACUUUGAUGCCGACCACUAA